CAGGGAUUCGGUCUGCGGUGCCGACUAAGUGCUUGGACCUGCGGCGGGCCAGUGCACCCCGGCCUGCGCGCGCAGAGGCUCCGGGUCCCCCAGGCCGAGGCGCCGGCGGCCGCGCGAGGCGGGUGGGGUGGUCAGAAGGAGGUUCGCUGGGCGCGCUGUGCGCGGAGCAGGCGUGAGGCGGCCGGGGGCCGGGACGCCAUGUCCAUGGAGGACCCCUUCUUUGUGGUGAAAGGGCAGACCUUUGUAACUGCCUCCACUGACAGAAUGAGGCAGAAAUGACACUGUUUGACUCCUGAAGCUUUCGUCACAAAAGACAACCAACCAAUUCAGCUUCCACCUGCAUCCUUCUGACUUGGGACACAAGUCCAGCUCUACUGAAGCCACUCUGCUGGAGCACUCAUGUGGAGAGACUACGCAGACACAGAGAUACUACUGGGGAGCACCUGCUUCUGCAGCCCCAGCCUGGCAGUCUUUCAGCUGAGGCCCCAGACAUUGUGGAACAGGGACAAGCCAUCUCUUCUGCAUUCGGCACGGAUUCCUGACCCACAGACUCACCACAAAAAAUGGUCGUUUGAUGCCAUUAAGUUUUGGGGAAACUGUUAUACAACCACAGUAACUGGAACGGAUGCCAGUUCAGAGCCUAUCAGCAUGGUCAAAGAAGAAAGGAGAAAUCAAAAGGCUGAUGGAGGCUGCAGCUAUGGUUAUCCUGCAAUUCAUUGGCCCAACUGAAUGACAGAUUCCGGGAAACAAAAGCUACCUAAUGGCUAAAAUACUUCUUCCUCGCAUCUUACCAACAAAUUUAGUGAGAUCCAGAUAAGAAAAUAUUUUAUGGACAUCUGGAUGUAUUGCCUGAGGCCCUAAAGGUUGGUUGAGAUGGUGAGCCUUUUACCAUGAUGGAACAGACUGGAAUGUUAUAUGGGAGGGACUCAGCUAACAGUGACCAGGGUUUAGUACAGAAAGCGGUCAACACUGCACAGGGAUUGUUUCAGAGAUGGACAGAGCUCCUCCAGGACCCAUCCACAGCCACGAGGGAAGAAAUCGACUGGACCACCAACGAGCUGAGAAACAAUCUCCGGAGCAUAGAGUGGGAUCUAGAGGACCUUGAUGAAACCAUCAGCAUAGUCGAAGCAAAUCCUAGGAAAUUCAACCUUGAUGCAACCGAAUUGAGUAUAAGAAAAGCUUUCAUCACAAGUACUCGGCAAGUCGUCAGGGACAUGAAGGAUCAGAUGUCAGCUUCAUCUGUGCAGGCAUUAGCUGAAAGGAAAAAUAGACAGGCCCUGCUAGGAGACAGUGGCGGACAGAACUGGAGCACUGGAACGACGGAUAAAUAUGGGCGCCUUGACCGGGAGCUCCAGUUGGCCAACUCCCAUUUCAUCGAGGAGCAACAGGCACAGCAGCAGCUGAUCGUGGAACAGCAGGAUGAGCAGUUGGAGCUGGUCUCUGGCAGCAUCGGGGUGCUGAAGAACAUGUCCCAGCGCAUCGGAGGGGAGCUGGAGGAGCAGGCAGUUAUGUUGGAUGAUUUCUCUCACGAGUUGGAGAGCACUCAGUCUCGGCUGGACAAUGUGAUGAAGAAACUUGCAAAAGUAUCUCACAUGACCAGUGAUCGGCGCCAGUGGUGUGCCAUUGCUGUGCUCCUCCUGGUCCUCGUGGUCGUGCUGAUCCUCUUCUUGGCGCUGUGACAGCGGGGCCCCCAGCUCGCUUCCUCCCGCACAGGAACCUGAGGGGAGAGGGAGAAGCAGUGCACCGUGUGCCCGCUCCUCGCCUCCCCCUCCUGGAAACAGCUCGCGCCGACUUUUCUCUCUGGGACCCCACCAUGGAGACAGGUCCUCAGCCCAGCUUGGGGAGGGCCGGUGGGAAGAGGAAGUCGACGACCGCACACUCCUGGCGCCCCCUGGCCCUGAUCCGAGGACGGCGGGCCCUCCUUUGCCCCCCUGGACCUCGCUCCCCCUGGAGGGCCUUCGAGGAAUCCAGAAAAAUUUGCAGACUCGGCUCGUGUUGGCUGUUGCUCAUUCCAUCCGUCUUGGCAGCUCUUUCCCCCC